CUUCCUGUGUUCGCCACGCCAAGAGCGCGUUGGCCGUUCGGCUAUCUAACUAAACUAGUUUCGGCCUUCAGCCUUGCGCCCGCUUCGUUGGGUUGGGUUGGGGCCAGCCCAGACCGUCCAUACACGGGCAUGUAGCAUAGAGUACUUAGCGAUGACGGGGUGUCUUGUCUCGGUGUGAAGUCCCUCCGUCUCAGCUUCUCAGCCCCAAGCUUUGGUCUGGAUAUUUUUUACAUAUAUAUAACAAUGGGCGUGCUCGUUAUCGGGGAAUGGAACUGCUGCUGCCGAUAUCAUACACUUCGAACUAUUUAGGUACGCAGUUGACACGAGAUGUUUCCAACCGCACACCCCACCGCCGCGGGCAGCACCUGGGGAAACGAUGCAAGCAGUGUGCGCAUGACAGCGUCAUCACCAAAUCCGCUGGUUAUACUUGGGCGUCAGUCUCGGUUCUCCCAGGAAGGAGAUGGGAAGCCACAGAAACCCUCGGCACCGAAGGUAGUGCACAGCAUCAAGAUCCAGAAGAAGGGGGCCGCAACGUACACCACCGUCCCCUCCGGUUCGGUCCGGACAUGGGACGCCCUCCUGUCAAAACUACGCACGCUGCACGGCACUUCGGAAACCCCGUCGAUCGUGACGUACUCGGGGGACCUACUUCAAGACGCCUCCUCGUACUCCCAUGCAUUGCAGCAGCAACAGGGCGGCUGCCUCCACCUGAUAAUCUCGUACCCGUCAGACCUCUCCUUGCUCGCCGUGGCGUUCAGCACGCUCCUGGGGCGCCCGCCAUUACCGGCCGAAGACGCGGCGCUCGUCGCCGCGUACACCCCCGCGCCGCAGAGUAGAUUCGAGGGAGGUGAGCCCUGCAACUUCCGCCUCCGGCCGCCAAGGCUGCUGUUUUUCACACAGGAGCACAUACGUUGUCACGUCACUAUGGAGAACGCGGGACUGCCGGUCCUGUGUGAUUUCUCGAGGUGGAAAAGGGAUGUGGUGGAUAAGGGGAAGGUGCCGGCGGGGGUGUCGGAGAGUUCGACUCCAUACUCGGCGCCGGGUGCGGCCGCGGUGGCGUUUGGUCAGGAGUACGGGCACAGCGGUGGUGGGGAGAACUAUGCCGGAUAUACUACACCGACCACGGCGACGGCCGAGAAGGUGCUGCAGCUGGCGAGCUGGCAGUUCUGGGCGGCGUGCGGGCAGUCGCAGGUGCUAUCCACGGUCAGCGCGGAGUUCACCGCGUCGCCGAGUGGAUACGAGCACCUUCCGGCAGUGCUGACGGACGAAGUGUCGUUGGCGACGUCGACAUCGCACCAGUGGGCGAUCUACCCUGACCCCUCCGAGGGAGUAGAGCUGGUCGAUGAGAAGGACCUGCCGCGCACAAGCCAGAUCCGUGUCUAUGCUAGCCACGAUAGGAAGAAUGAUCCCGACCUCGAGCAGCGUGAGAGCCAGGGCUGGUGGAUGGCGAAUACGAAGAUGAUCCCGGCCGGGUUUGCGGGAAGAGAGGGAGAGAGGUCGUUCCUGUGCGAGGGACUGCCGCAGACGAAGGUCUUCCUGGAGGGAUUCCUCGGCGCCUGCGGGCUGCACGGCGCUGAGAGAAACGACUUCAUCACCCACUGGCUCUACACCAUCUGCCUGUCCUUCCCGCCAUCUUCAUCCUCGUCACCAGAGUCGCACCUGAUCCUUAUCAAGUUCCUCACGCCGCGCGAGCUGCGGGUGCUACUCCCGCUACGUAUCAAUCCCGUCCCGCACCGGCUCAUACGGAUCUUCGCCGUGCUCCGCGUUGUGACGCGGCUGCAGCUCCUGCGAGAGGGGAUACUCGCCCAGGGCGAUUUUGCGAGGGAGGUCGAGAUCGUGCGUGAUGCCUAUGGCGCGGGGGGGAGCGAGGCGAGGGAAGGGAGGGACGGGAGGGAGAGGGAGGGGUUGACGGUCGUCGAGGUUGGGGGCGCGUUGCUGCUGGAUCUGCAAGAGAGCGGGAAAGGGAGCGGGAGCGGGAAAGGGAGUACUGCGGGCGGGAGUAGGGAGGAUACUCCGGCGCUGGUCGCGGAUGCGUUUAGUGAGGCCACGCAGAGUCCGAGUAGGGAGGUGACGCCAGGGCUGCUGCUGGGCGAUGAGGGAAUGGUUGAGUGGAGGGCGUGAUGGUAUAUCCAAACCUGGCCUGGCAUACUGGCACAAUACUAAAUGACUUCAAAUGAUGUACCAUCAAUCGUGACCAUCGUCGAAGUUCCAUCCUCACGACGUAUAUAUCGGCCAGCCAUUCCUUUCACAACACCUCGACUAUGGGUAUCAGCCCUCGGCGGCAUAUCAUUCCAAGUUCCAAGCAUCCAUCACACGGUGCUCUGGGAUCAGUGCUAAAGGUGUGGGCAGCACGGGGGGGUGCAGGUGGCAGGCGUGUUUGAUAGUUUGAGAGAGGAAAGUCUUCAACUGACAACAUGUCGGGGUGGCUGUUGUCGCGGCGGCGUCGAGUGGAUCAUGGGCUAUCACUUGGUUGAUUAUCGUUUUUUUUGUGGUGAGUAUCUAGACGACUACAAAAUUCCGGGCUUUGGGGACAACGUUACAAAAAGCGGUUGGGUGGGGG